AUGCGUCAGGGUGUGCUUUUCCGUGUCGAACAUGCACAUAUACAUGGCUUACGGGGUGUUGUGCAUGAGUCAGCAUCGCCUCCAUCGUUUUCAUGGACGAUCCAUGACGAUGCCGAACGCGAGUGCUGGGCUAUCGUAGGCCCAGCGUCUGCUGAUGCUGGUGGCCAAGUCCGGCAAACUAUUGUGGAUAUGCUGCUGGGACGCAAGCGCCCUGUAUUGGCAAAUGCGUUACAUGUGCGGCACCCGCAUAUGCACCCGAUGUUCGAUGCGAACGCGCUACAGAAGGCCAUCAGAUAUGUACCCUUUGAAACGCGGCCCGCCACGACCGGCGAGUUUACUGAUUAUGCCACACGCUACGGCUCGAUCCGGGACGAAGAUCGUGUUACGCUCUUUGAGAGCCUUAUGGCGUCGCGUGGUAUUUUUACUGGCCUUAUAGCACGACAGCGGAUGCGCCCAGAUCCACUCGCUACCACACAGAACAACACCGGUCUGUUGAAGUGGGAGAACGAACAUGUGCGUACAGCUGCCACACAGCGUGCGGAAAGGGAACGUGAAAUGAUCCAGCGCAUAGCGCCGACUUUGCGUUUGGAGCCAUUUUUGACACGCCCUGUCAUCUCACUCUCCAACGGCCAGAUGCGGCGUGCACGUAUUCUGGAUGCAUUGGUCCAGGGGGCUCAGUGGGUCGUGCUGGAUGAUCCAUUCAAGGGACUCGAUCCUUCGUCGCGGCACGAUGUGUCUGAGCUUUUUGAGCGGCUGCAUGCCCAGCGAAUGCCACGGAUUUGCUUGGUACUUCGUGAGCAGGAUCCCAUCCCCUCGUUUGUCACGCAUGUCUUGCGUAUAGAUGAACAAGGCUUUAUCAUGGAGCUUGGUAAAGCUACGACACACGCUCGUCCUGCUGUGGACGAGUUGUAUCCACAUGGCAGUUAUGCAUUAGUACGAAGAAAUGCACAACAGGGCAUAGGUGUAGGGCAAGGUGCAUCCGUGCCACCGAUCGCGUCGUUCCGCGACGUCUCGAUCCACUAUGGCGAUGCAACUGUGUUGCAGAAUGUGUCGUUUGCGCUUCGUCCAGGCGCACGCAUGGUUUUGGUGGGCGAUAACGGAAGCGGCAAGACGACACUACUGUCUCUUCUUUUGGGCGACCAUCCACGCUCAUUUGCCUUUGAUGCCGAACAGCUUGAGCUGUGGGGCGCUGCGCGCGAUGCCCCGCAAAAUGCGCACACGCUCCUGCAGCGGCGGGUGGGCCAUGUAUCGCCGGAGCUGUUUCAUGCAUUUCCACGCAAGAGUCUCGAGGCUGGCGGACUCAGUGUCGCCGACGCAAUAGCGAGUGGCUUUGAUGGCAUUUUCACGCACCGCCGCCGAACAGCGGCACAGAUGGAACGAGUAUGGCGGCUGAUACGUCAGUUUGCGCCGGAGCUCACGCACACCAACUUGUGCGAGCCCGAUCCUGAGCUUGUGGGCAAGCUGCCGUUUGCAAGCUUGCCGCACGGGUCACAGGCGGUCGUGCUGUUUCUCCGAUCAGUUGUGCAUCGCCCAUUGCUCCUAGUGUUGGACGAGCCAUUCCAGGGCAUGAGCCAACGGCAAGUGGCCAAGACGCGCGCGUACAUAGACGGCGAGUCCUGGGUGUAUGAGGGUAUCGACGAUCGGACAGGAGGCGAGAGCGAGAGCGAAAGCGAGCGCGAGCGCAUGUGGCGAGAGAAUCUUGUGCUAGUUACAGUGAGCCACUACGAAAGUGAAUGGCCUCGGACCUGUGGCCGACUACUUCGUCUUUCCGCAGGUCGCGUGGCGGAAUGCUUUUAA